UCUCUUCUUCUUCUUCUUCUCCAUUCGUCACAUAAUUAAACACCGCUUCUUCUUCACUCUCACCAAAUCUCUCUUCUCUCUCACACAUAACAAUAAUAAAAAAAAAAACCUCGAAACUUAAUUCGAUUUCAGAUCUUCUCAAACCCUAAUGUUAAAAUGUCGUUAAAUCGACAACUUCUCUUCAGUUACUACUUCAUCGUUUCUCUUAUCCUCUUCUCCGGUUUCGUAUCCUCUCAAACAUUACCAAAAGAAGAAGUGGAUGCUUUACAAAGCGUAGCGACGGCGUUGAAGAAGAGUGGUUGGAAUUUUAGUGUGGAUCCAUGCGACCUCACUUCUGACGGCGGAUGGAGGAAUCUUAACGCCGCUAAGGGAUUUGAAGACGCCGUUUCUUGUACCUGCUCCUCCGUCAUUUGCCACGUCAACAGCAUAGUUCUCAAGGCACAAGACCUUCAAGGAUCUCUUCCUACAGAUUUUUCAGGCCUUCCUUUCUUGCAAGAGAUUGAUCUGUCUAGAAACUUUCUCAACGGUUCCAUUCCUCCCGAAUGGGCAUCCUUGCCACUUGUCAACAUCUCACUUCUUGGAAAUCGGAUAACUGGUCCAAUCCCAAAAGAAUUUGGAAACCUUACUAACCUUCGAAGUUUUGUCUUGGAAUACAAUCAGAUAUCAGGGAAAUUACCUCCAGAGCUCGGGAAUCUACCCAACAUUCAAAGACUCCUUGUUAGCUCGAACAAUUUGAGUGGGGAAAUACCAAGUACAUUUUCCAAACUUGUUACACUGACUGAUUUCCGUAUCAGUGACAAUCAGUUCACUGGUAGUAUACCAGAUUUCAUCCAGAACUGGACAGGACUUGAGAAACUGGUUAUCCAAGCAAGUGGUUUAGUUGGGCCGAUUCCUAGUGCCAUUGGUCCUCUGGGAAAAUUAACAGACUUGAGAAUCAGUGACUUGAGCGGACCUGAAUCUCCAUUUCCGCCGCUACUAAACAUGACAUCGUUGAAGACAUUGAUUCUUAGGAACUGCAACCUUACAGGCAAUUUACCUUCGUAUCUUGGACGCAGAACCUUAAAGAAUUUGGAUCUUAGCUUUAACAAACUGAGUGGACCAAUCCCCGAGAGUUAUACAGCUCUUUCAGAUGUAGAUUACAUAUAUUUUACAAGUAACAUGUUAACCGGGGAAGUACCACACUGGAUGGUAGACAAAGGAGACACGAUUGAUCUUACUUACAAUAACUUCUCCAAAGAUGUUAAAAUCGAUGAAUGCCAACGAAAAUCCGUGAAUACGUUUUCAAGCACAAGCCCUUUAGUGGCAAAUAACUCCUCAAAUGUUUCGUGUCUGAGCAAAUAUACCUGUCCUAAAACUUUCUAUGGCCUUCACAUAAACUGUGGUGGUAAUGAAAUAACAGUCAAUGAGACUAAGUAUGACGCUGACACAUGGGAUACACCGGGUUAUUAUGAUAGUAGAAACGGGUGGGUUUCUAGCAACACGGGAAACUUCUUGGAUGAUGAUCGGUCUAACAAUGGAGAAAACGUAUGGGAGAAUUCAUCUGCCCUCAACAUAACAAAUUCUAGCCUAGAUUCUAGGUUUUAUACACAUGCGCGUCUCUCGGCCAUCUCCCUCACUUACUACGCAUUGUGUCUUGGAGAAGGAAACUAUACGGUUAAUCUUCAUUUCGCUGAAAUUAUGUUCAGUGAAAACAACUCGUAUACCAGUUUGGGAAGACGGUUCUUUGACAUAUACGUUCAGGGUAAACUCGAGGUGAAGGAUUUCAAUAUUGUUGAUGAGGCAAAAGGAGCAGGAAGAGCUGUGGUUAAGAAAUUUCCGGUCACGAUUACAAAUGGGAAACUGGAGAUAAGAUUGCAGUGGGCUGGGAAAGGAACUCAAGCUAUUCCUGUGAGGGGUGUAUAUGGUUCUCUCAUAUCCGCUGUAUCAGUAGAUCCAAAUUUUGUUCCACCAAAGGAACCUGGAACUGGUGGUGGAAGCUCUGUUGGUGCAGUGGUUGGUAGUGUAAUUGCUUCAACUUUGAUUCUUGUGCUUUUAAUCGGCGGUAUAUUAUGGUGGAGAGGCUGCUUAAGACCCAAGAGUCAGAUUGAAAAAGAUUUCAAGAACCUAGAUUUCCAGAUCAGUUCGUUCUCGUUGAGGCAAAUCAAAGUAGCCACGGAUAACUUUGAUCCUGCAAACAAGAUCGGAGAAGGUGGUUUCGGUCCUGUACACAAGGGAGUGUUGACUGAUGGAACCGUUAUCGCGGUGAAGCAGCUAUCGGCGAAAUCAAAGCAAGGGAAUCGGGAGUUCUUGAACGAGAUUGCUAUGAUUUCGGCUCUGCAGCAUCCACAUUUGGUUAAACUAUAUGGAUGUUGCGUCGAAGGUGAUCAGCUCCUGCUAGUUUACGAGUACUUAGAAAACAACAGUCUCGCGCGAGCUCUUUUCGGUCCUCAAGAGACUCAGAUACCACUAAAUUGGCCAAUGAGGCAGAAGAUUUGUGUCGGAAUAGCGAGAGGAUUAGCUUAUCUUCACGAGGAAUCAAGACUCAAGAUCGUACACAGAGACAUCAAAGCCACUAAUGUCUUACUGGAUAAGGAACUAAACCCAAAGAUUUCAGAUUUUGGUCUUGCUAAGCUUGAUGAAGAAGAAAACACACAUAUCAGCACGCGAGUCGCCGGAACAUAUGGAUACAUGGCUCCAGAAUACGCCAUGAGAGGCCAUUUGACAGAUAAAGCCGACGUCUACAGUUUCGGUGUUGUGGCUCUAGAAAUCGUUCACGGAAAGAGCAACACGAGCUCACGAUCCAAAGCCGAUACCUUCUACCUUCUUGACUGGGUGCACGUUCUAAGGGAGCAAAACAAUCUGUUUGAUGUAGUAGAUCCAAGGCUAGGAACAGAUUACAACAAACAAGAAGCAAUGACGAUGAUUAAGAUAGGGAUGCUCUGCACCAGUCCAGCUCCGGGGGAUCGACCUUCGAUGUCGACGGUGGUGAGUAUGCUCGAAGGCCAUUCAACGGUGAAUGUUGAGAAGCUUCUUGAAGCUUCUUUAAACAAUGAAAAGGACGAAGAGAGCGUGAGAGCGAUGAAAAGGCAUUACGCCACGAUAGGUGAGGAGGAGAUAACGAACACGACGGCCACCGAUGGACCUUUCACGUCGUCUUCUACGUCAACCGCCAACGCCGGCGAUCUUUACCCUGUUAAGCUCGACUCUGCUUAUUGGAACACAAGAACUUAAGAAGUAUCGAUUAUGUUUUUGCAACAAUUAAAGAAAUUAUGGAGUUAAGUUAUUAUGACGUUUUGUAAAGUUUUAUUUUACUUUAUUAUGAUUAUUUUAUUUAAGACAAUUACGUUACAUGAAACAGAAAAUGAGAAUAUUUAUCUUAAUUUUUUU